AUGCAAUUGCCCCGGUGGUGGGAGCUGGGAGACCCCUGUGCUUGGACGGGAGAGGGUCGGGGGACACGCAGGAUGAGCCCUGCGACCACUGGCACAUUCUUGCUCACAGCCUUUUUAUUAAGCUGUGCUGAUGGCAUAAAUGGAACAGUUAACUGGAAGACCAAACAGGCCAACAGUUUUAUAAUCAGCAGAAAAAUGGCUGCUGGGAAGAAAGAUGUGUAUACUAUUUUCUCGAAGGUGCACUCUGAUCGGAAUGUAUACCCAUCUGCAGGUGUUCUCUUUGUUCAUGUUUUGGAAAGAGAGUAUUUCAAGGGGGAAUUUCCACCUUACCCAAAACCUGGCGAGAUUAGUAAUGAUCCCAUAACUUUUAACACAAAUUUAAUGGGUUACCCAGACAGACCUGGAUGGCUUCGAUAUAUCCAAAGAACACCAUAUAGUGAUGGAGUCCUAUAUGGGUCUCCAACAGCUGAAAAUGUGGGGAAACCAACUAUCAUUGAGAUAACUGCGUACAAUAAGCGCACCUUUGAGACAGCAAGGCAUAAUUUGAUAAUUAAUAUAAUGUCAGCAGAAGACUUCCCAUUGCCAUAUCAAGCAGAAUUCUUCAUUAAAAAUAUGAACGUAGAAGAAAUGUUGGCCAGUGAAGUUCUUGGAGACUUUCUUGGGGCGGUGAAGAAUGUGUGGCAACCUGAGCGCCUGAACGCCAUAAACAUCACGUCGGCCCUAGACAGGGGUGGCAGAGUUCCGCUUCCUAUUAAUGACAUGAAGGAGGGUGUUUAUGUCAUGGUUGGUGCCGAUGUCCCGUUUUCUUCUUGUUUACGAGAAGUUGAAAAUCCACAGAAUCAAUUGAGAUGCAGUCAAGAAAUGGAGCCUGUAAUAACAUGUGAUAAAAAAUUUCGUACUCAGUUUUACAUUGACUGGUGCAAAAUUUCAUUGGUUGAUAAAACAAAGCAAGUGUCCACCUUUCAGGAGGUGAUUCGUGGAGAGGGGAUUUUACCUGAUGGUGGAGAGUACAAACCCCCUUCUGAUUCUUUGAAAAGCAGAGACUAUUACACGGAUUUCCUAAUUACACUGGCUGUGCCCUCGGCAGUAGCACUGGUCCUUUUCCUAAUACUUGCUUAUAUCAUGUGCUGCCGACGGGAAGGAGUGGAAAAGAGAAACAUGCAAACACCAGACAUCCAACUGGUCCAUCACAGUGCUAUUCAGAAAUCUACCAAAGAGCUUCGAGACAUGUCCAAGAAUAGAGAGAUAGCAUGGCCCCUGUCAACGCUGCCUGUGUUUCACCCUGUAACUGGGGAAAUCAUACCUCCUCUACACACAGACAAUUAUGAUAAUACUAACAUGCCGCUGAUGCAAACACAGCUGAACUUGCCACAUCAGACUCAGAUUCCCCAACAGCAGACGACAGGUAAAUGGUAUCCCUGAAGAAAGAAAACUGACUGAAGCCAUGAAUUUAUAAUCAGACAACAUAGCAGUUAUAUCUUAUUUUUUUUCUCUUCCAAUAAUGCAUGAGCUUUUCUGGCAUAUGGUGUGCAUGUUGACAGUAUUA